GGAUGUCCCGGCUCCUUGCGGCGGUGCAUCCCCCCAGGCUGCCCGGCUGUGUCCGUGGCACUGCCCGGCCGGCACGGGAUAGGCGGCACAAGUUAAUGAAACAAUAGCAAAGUAUUCCUGUGCCGUGGUCCAUUUUCUGUGCAGGAGACACUUGGAACCAAGCAAGCCACAAACCGAUUUUAACAAACCCAUCCUAAACCCAAAAGCCAAUGCAUUCAUUAACUCCCUGUGCCAUCUAGAUCAGGAUCAGGCUGAACAUCUUCAUCUCUGUGUUGUGUCAGCUUCAGUAGGCAGAGCAGGGGAUCACGUAAGAGGAGAAGUGUAAGAAAACCACAAUACGAGCCUUAUAUCUGCUUAAAUUAUUCCUACAGUUUCGCUGUGCUUGCAGUAGCACAUAAAGCAACUUCUGCCUGGUGGUCGUUAAUGCAGAUGGGCUCAACUUUAAAUAACCAGAAGUAAAAAUUAGUCAGAUGCUUGUAGACACGAGGAGCCCUCCUGCAGGAACAGAAAGAUUAGUUCCCUUGGAAGAACUCAGAUGACUGCAAAGAACAUAUUUGCACAUGAAAGGUGCAGUGUUUCCUGCUGCUCUACGGAACUGUUUUCAGUGCUCAGAGUCACCACCAGUCAGGAGAUAAGCAUCAUUGCUUUUGCAAUCAUUUUUUUUUGCUGCUUAAUAUGACUGGAAUUGAGAAAGGGAUAAUGGUUAAUUUGCUUUUUUAUUACCUAUGAACUUGUAGCUCAUAGUUAAUGCAGGGCAGAUUUCUCACUCCUUUACACAUUUCAGAGGGAUUUCAGUCCUCAGAGACCACUGGCUCAUUUGACCAAAAAUCCUGUUCUUCAGAGAAAACCAGCAGCUCGUGAGGCACGUGAAAAUAGUUGUGAUGGUCCCUGUAGAGGCUGGGCAGACCUGAGGGUUCCAGCCUCCCAAGCCAUGGAAGAGCUGCGGUUCUGGCACUGCCACUCACCUCUUGCAGCUUGAUGUGCAGGAGCAGUGACAGAAGGGCAGCUGAGACAUGCAGAAAUAGUGUCCUCUCCUCUAUGCAGAGGAACAGUGUGAGAAUGUCCAGUGAGCCACCGAGACAGGUGCUGGUAAACCCAUGGAACACAAAAUCUCUCUUUACUUACGCCUGUAGUACUGGGUUAUUGCACAUCUUUAGUUUAUUAAUAAACAUACACUUUAGGGACAUGUUUGUGCAGCAGAGCAGCCACUUUCUAGGGGAGGUGGACAUCAGAGAAAGGAAGAGAUUGUUGGAAACUAAGGAAUGUGAAUCAGGCAGAAAAGGGAGGUCCAGUGGAAAAGCAAAGACUGGAGAUCUGAGACUGCAGCAGUUUGAGGAGAGUUUGAGUUGGGGUGAGCACCAGUCAGUGACACAGCUAAGCCAGUUUAAAAUAAUGAAGUUCCAGCUCUUAGACCUGACUGGAUGCAGAGCCUGAGAAGGGACCCUCACUGACUCAUGGGGAGAGGGAAAGAGUGUAAGGAAGGCUGACCUUUGUGUGAGGGGUCUGCUCAAUGUAGUGCUCCCAUUAUUUAUCCCAGUGAAAUUCUCAUAUUCUUUCCAUUGAAUGGAGAGGGUGUGUAGUGCCUGUAAAGAUGUAAAGAGCCUCAGGAAAUGCUGGCAGGGAUUUUCAUUGUGAAACACUGAGAAAUACACUGCUGUGUGUGUAGGGAUUGGAAUCUCACUUGGUGGAGGGCAGUCUCGCCCUGGAUAAGUAGGAGCAGGUGAAGGGGGAGCACAGAGCUGCCACCAGCAGCAGGGAAAGGUGCCCAGUUACCUCUGAGGAGCAGCAGAAAGAGGAUCUCCAAAGCUCUGCCAGAGCCACACGGGCGAGCGCGAGCUCGCUGCCAGCAGCGUUGCGUGACUCCUGCUCCCAGUGCUCUAACCUCCACAGACAGGCUGCUCCCAGCUCUUUAAAAAUUGCUGUGAACACUCACUGUCUUCAGUGUGAGUUUGACAGGCUCCCAGCAGAGCCUGAGUUUUUUUUUCUAUUUUUAGAGCCAGCUGUAAAGCUGUAGUCAAGAACUGCUUACAUAAUAUUUUAGAAGUGACAGCGAAGCACAAUGGCAUAUUUUGACCUUUGGCAUUAGAUAAGUAAUUGGCAGGUUAAGUUAAUUUUUAUUCAAGCAAAGAGACAUGCUUUUUACUGCUUGUGAACUCCUGUACCUUCACACAAGAUUAAACCUCACGGGUACAUUUUAAAAAUAGGUUUUGGUUUGCUGGCCUUCCUUUUAGGAAACUCCUCCACGUGAAGGACGUCCACUGUUCUGCUCUCCAUCCAUGACACAAAGUGCAUGACACUAGGUUAUGGGCAAGUCAGAAAGCCAGAUGGAUAUAACUGAAAUGAAUACUCCAAAACCAAAGAAGAAGCUGGGAUGGAGUGGCUUGGAAGUGGGGCUGGCUGUGGUGGUGCUGCUGCUGACCAUCGUGGCCAUCACCAUGAUCGUCCUGUACGCCACCUACGACGAUGGGAUUUGCAAGACACCAGACUGUAUCAAAUCAGCUGCUCGGAUGCUGGAGAACAUGGACCCCAGCGCCAAGCCCUGCCAGGAUUUCUACCAGUACGCGUGCGGGGGGUGGCUCAAGAGGAACGUCAUCCCCGAGACCAGCUCCCGUUACAGCAACUUUGACAUUUUGAGAGACGAACUAGAAGUGGUUUUAAAAGAUGUCCUCGACACGCCCAGCACCAGCGAUAUCCCGGCAGUGCAGAAGGCAAAAACUCUCUACAGGUCGUGCAUCAAUGAAACUGCCAUUGAUAGCAGAGGUGGAAGGCCUCUAAUUAGCUUAUUGCCAAAUGUGUCUGAGUGGCCUGUAGCAACAACUGACUGGGACACUUCCUAUGGUACUGCUUGGACAGCUGAGACAGCUAUUGCCCAGCUCAAUGCCAGAUAUGGAAAAAAGGUCCUUAUUAAUUUUUUUGUUGGCACAGACGAUAAAAAUUCCUCAGCACAUAUCAUUCACAUUGAUCAGCCGGGGCUGGGCCUGCCUUCUCGGGACUACUACGAGUGCACUGGUGCCUACCAAGAGGCAUGUUCUGCCUAUGUUGAUUUCAUGAUUUCUGUAGCUGAACUAAUCCUACAAGAAAGAAAUAUUUCUGUCAAUGAGAGUGAUAUUUCUGCACAAAUGAGAAGAGUUAUGGACCUGGAGAAAGAGAUUGCCAAUGCAACAACAAAAUCUGAAGACAGAAACGAUCCACUUCUGCUGUACAACAAAAUGACCUUGGCACAACUCCAAGGCAACUACUCAUUGAAAAUCAAUAAUAAGGUGUUCAACUGGUCAGAAUUCAUAAAUGCUAUCAUGUCAACUGUCCAAAUCAACGUUGACAACACAGAACAUGUCAUUGUUUAUGACCCUGACUACCUUCUCAAGCUCAGCUCUGUCCUUCUGAACUACACUGCCAGAGACCUGCAGAAUUACAUGACCUGGAGAUUUGUGAUGGAUCUUGUCAACAGCCUGAGCCGGGAGUACAAGGACACGAGGAACGCUUUCCGUAAGGCCCUGUAUGGCACCACGUCUGAGACUGCCGUGUGGCGCCGCUGCGCCAACUACGUCAACGGCAACAUGGAGAGCGCCGUGGGCCGGCUCUACGUGCAGGAGGCCUUUGCUGGGGACAGCAAACAUGUGGUUGAAGAAAUGAUUGCAGAUAUUCGUGAUGUGUUUAUAAAAACCUUAGAUGAACUUUCCUGGAUGGAUGCAGAGACCAAAAAGAAAGCAGAACAAAAAGCAAGAGCAAUCAGAGAGAGGAUUGGUUAUCCCGAUGAGAUCGUGACAGAUGACAACAAGCUCAACAGUGAGUACCAGGAGUUGAACUUCAAAGAAGAAGAAUACUUUGAAAACAUUAUUCAAAAUUUAGUAUUUACCCAGAAGAAAAGGUUGAAAAAGCUUAGAGAAAAGGUGGACAAAGACGAGUGGAUAAGUGGAGCUGCUGUUGUCAAUGCUUUUUACUCAGCAAGUAGGAAUCAGAUAGUCUUCCCUGCGGGCAUUUUGCAGCCCCCUUUCUUCAGUGCCUCCCAGCCCAAAUCUCUGAAUUACGGCGGCAUAGGGAUGGUGAUCGGGCACGAGAUCACGCACGGCUUCGACGACAACGGCAGGAAUUUCAAUGAGAACGGAGACCUGGUGGACUGGUGGACUGAAGAAUCAGCAAGGAAUUUCAAGGAGCUGUCCCAGUGCAUGGUGUACCAGUAUGGGAACUUCUCGUGGGACCUGGCAGGAGGACAGAACCUGAGUGGAAUCAACACACUGGGAGAAAACAUUGCUGACAAUGGGGGUGUGAGACAAGCGUACAAGGCUUAUGAAAACUUUGUGAGAAAACACGGGAAAGAAAAGCUUCUUCCUGGUCUCGACAUGAACCACAAGCAGCUGUUUUUCCUGAACUUUGCACAGGUGUGGUGUGGAACGUACAGACCAGAGUAUGCAGUGAACUCCAUCAAGACAGACGUGCACAGCCCGGGCCAGUUCAGGGUCCUGGGAUCACUGCAGAACUCCCCAGAGUUUUCAGAAGCCUUUUCAUGCACCACCAGAGACAACAUGAACCCUGCCAAGAAGUGCCGCGUUUGGUGACGGACUGCAACCUCAAUCUCGAGGAGCUUUCCAGGAAAAGAGACCUUUCCAGCUGAUUUUGAGAAGGGCAGGAGGGAAGAAAACGAGGAGAAUACACUAGAGACAUGGCUGUAAUCCUUGGUAAACAUGCAAACCCCGAAUCAUCACCCAUCAGAGCACGGAAGGGCUGAGGCAGCGCUGGCUGCCUCUCCCCUGGAGCCCCCAGGACCUGACUCACCUGGCAGUGCACAGCCACACCUCACCUGUUUCCAACCCUGCCCCACAGCCAGUGGCUUUGUGGAUUCAUUUUUAAAUGGCAAGGUGUCACACUUGACCUGCCCCCGGUGGGUUCCUGAUCAGGAAGUCAAUAACACACAUUUUAGCCACCCUAACACAACAGAGACACCACAGUUUGUGUCAGUGUCAGACUCUGUACCCUCUGCUGUCAUGGCAAACCUGUUCCACCAAAUGUUUUCAUUUUUACUUGAAACCAUUUGUACAAGAGGAGUCCAAAGACCUGCUGUACUUCAGUAAUUCUCACUAAUUUCUCCAGAGUGUGUUACCUGAAGUCUCUAUUCACAACAGUUAAUUUACAGCUCUCCAGCCCAACUGAAAUCGUAGGUAAUUUAUUAAUGUCUGUACCUAUAAUCUGUAAAAUUGUGAUCAAAGACCCUUUCACCAUUUUCUAAGCUUUUUCUUGCUUUCUCUAAAAUUGCUCUUUUUUAAAGUUUCUAGUAAUGUAUAAAUCAUAGUUUUUAUAUUUAAAUCUUGAGCUACACUUUUGACUUGAAGUAUUGUAACAUUUUAUCAGUGGCUGCGUAGAACUGGGAAAUUGGACUGAAGCAUGGUAUGAGGCAAUGAGAUAAAGCCUACAAAACUCAGUUCUCAGUGGAGGGCACAAACUUUGGAGUUUUCAGGCUGACUCUGUCAGUGCUUAGGCUCUGAUCCUGCACAUAACUUGUUCGUGUUCUGAUCACUGCCAGUCCUCACAUCAGGAAAGCUGCACAGCUGAUUGCAAGAGUCUCAAGGAGCUUUAAGAGGGUAAAAGGCUUUAAAUCUGCAAUGAUAUGUAUUAAACAUUCUCAUGCAGAUUGCAAAGGAACUUACUGCUUUGUUUAUCAAAGCAAAGACAUUUCCAAACCAAGUACCAGAUACUCAGAUGACUGCUACAAUAGGUCUAUUUAAAAACCUAUGUCCUUUUAGCUUUCUGAGUUUGUCAUCUGAUCAAAACGUUUUGAUAUUAAACUGA